AGCGAACAAGUGAAAAGUGGAGUUGACAGUUCGAGAGUUUGUAGUUUUUUAGAAGUGUUGUGCUUUUGUAGUUUGAUUUGACUCUUCUCUUGUGGGUUUUGGUCAGAGACAUGUCCGCGCUGCUCCCGCUGCUCCGCCGCUGGAGACUCGGCUCCUGUCUGCGCCCUGCGGCCUCCAGAGGUGGCGCUGUGGGGGCUCGCUGCAUGACCUUUGACGUGCGGAGGGUGGAGCUGAUGCCGCUGGAGCAGAGGAAGCUCACGUUUGACUCCCACGCCGUCGCCAUGGAGCUGGAGAAACACGGUUUUGAGAAGUCUCAGGCGGAGCUGAUCGUGGCGGCGUUGGUGACUCUGACCACAGCCAACAUGGACAUGGUUUACAAAGACAUGGUCACCAAGUCCCACCAGGAGAUCGCGCUGCAGCAGAUCAUGGCUCAUCUGGACUCCAUCCGCAAAGACAUGGUGAUCCUCGAGAAGAGCGACUUUGCCAACCUGCGCUCUGAGAACACGAAAAUGAAGCGUGAACUGGAGCAGCUCCAGCACAGACUCACCGAGGAGAGUCAGAAAGUGAGAGCGGAGGCAAAACUGGACUUCAACCUGGAGAGCAGCCGCAUGUCAGACAUGUUCACAGAUCAGGAGAAGAAGCUGAUGGAGGCGAGCACAGAGUUUCACACAAAGAAGUCGGACCUGGACCACGAUUACAUGGAGAUAAACAAGAAGAUCGACCUGGAGGUGGCGUCACUGAAAACUCUGCUGGAGUCGCUCAAACUGGAGACGGUGCGAUACCUGGCAGCUACACUUUUCUUUUGCCUCGCUGUCGUUCUGGGAGUUUAUCGACUUUGGAAAUAAAGAACAUAUUUUUAUAAUGAAUUUCACAUGUAAAUUCUAAAUGUUUUUUGUUUUUUCAUAAACUGCUGUUUUAAUGAGCUGAUGAAAUAUAUUUAAUACGUCU